GUGAAAGUUUUGCGAUCGAGCUGGACACUUUCAUGAACGUUGGCCUACAUAAUACUGAGAAUUAAAUCAAGAUCACGAUGAUUUGGGUGAAAAGUCAACUGCCUGUGCUCUUCGUGGCAUCUCUGCUCCUAAAUGUCGGAGGUGCAGCAGAAGACGCGGCGGAGGUUCCUCAGGGGAUACCACCGCCGGAACCAUGCAGCCCCCAACCACAGAGCUGUAACACCGGCUGUCACGUGAUCGUAGGUCCUCCUGGACCACCAGGGAUCCCAGGAGUCCCAGGGGUUCCGGGUCAAGGAAUCGCAGGUCCCAGGGGAGAGAGUGGACAGAAUGGGAAGACUGGCGAGAGAGGAGAACCUGGAGCGGAGGGGGAGGCUGGGAAAGGUGAGGGACCACCUGGACCACCUGGAGCUAAGGGAGAUCGGGGAAUUCCGGGGCUGGAUGGAUAUAAAGGAAGUCCUGGUUUUGUUGGUUAUCCAGGAGAAUCAGGAGUACCAGGAGAAACCGGUCGCAGAGGUUUACCUGGGCCAAAGGGUGCUAGAGGUGAUGGGUUGGGACAGAAAGGGGAACCGGGACCCCCCGGACCUGCCGACGGGGAGAAAGGGGCAAGAGGGGACCGUGGAUAUCCAGGAGCGAAGGGUGAACGUGGUUUUCGGGGACUAUCUGGUGAACGGGGCGCCAUUGGUCGGCCGGGGCCUGCUGGUCUGCAGGGCGCCAGGGGGCCAGCAGGUCCUAGAGGCGACAAUGGUCUUCCUGGAGAAUCUGGCUUUACGGGAGAUAGGGGUCGCAAAGGUAUGAAGGGGGAUCCAGGACAACUGGGGGCGAGAGGACAGAAGGGACAAAAAGGAGAUCCCUAGAUCCACUGGCACUGUCGAACAGCAGGACCCAGCGGAAGCCUUUUAGACCUCAUGGUAGAUUGGGUGCUCCUUAAAGACGAAGGCUUAGUUUCAUGAACUGCAACAGGCACUAGUUUAUUCUGAUACAGGUUGUCACCAUGUUGACCCUCAUGGGCCAAAGGAAUCACACUCAUCAUAUUUGAGGGGAAAUAUGGGACUAGCAAUGAGGUACAUCAAAAGUACGAGGCACGUGUGACAGUGCCAACAUUCAUACAGUAAUAGUGUGUGUUUUUAUUUAAAGGGUUCUUACGUGAACUUUUUGGAGGAACAUAUCUCUGAUCCUCUUGAACACAUGAAACUUAUUUGACAUGCGUUUUUGUUCAUGUUAUUGAAAAGUACACUUCUUUAAAACCUUUUCAACAAAUUCCUUGUUUUGCAGACAACUGAGAGCGCUGUUGAUGUGAUGUCACUUCAGGAAGAUUCCGUUCAGUUUAGCGCCUUUCUGUUCAAAUUUUCAACCCAAACAUUAUUAUGCUUUGCCUUAUUUAAAAGAUUUGUGAAAUAACUUUGCUCAUUAAGUU